AUGCUAGGACGGGAGCUCCAAUCUACCUAGAAUCAUGUGCAGUCAAACCCAAUAUUUGGACGACAUACUUGCAGCCCCCAGUGUUUAGAAAAUGCAGGAUAAAAGCUGAGAACUGAUGCUAACUGCUCCCUAUCUUGCACGUGACCCCUUUUGUGGAGCUCCAUCCCAAAGCAGUAGCAACGACAUCAUCGCGACCUCAGCCCACCGGGAAUCCAGCGAUCCGCGAAUUCGAGGUCUUGGCAACCCCCGUGGAUUGAGGAAAUCCGGCGACCCCCGCUCCCUCACUCUUCUUCCCUCUAUAAAAGUCGUCCUCAAGGACGGACCGGGAACACUAUUUCGAAACUACCAGCAGCGACCCAAAGGAAGGGAGAAAUGGCGAAAACAAAAAAGCAGGCCAAGCCGGCAGCGCAACCUGCGCACGGAUAUGAGUUUUUCGGACCACCAGGAGCAUUCGGUAUUAGUUUCGGUCUCCCGAUUCUCCUAUACGUCUUCACCUUCGCCUGCAACGAUGUCUCGGGUUGCCCUGCGCCUUCUCUCUUCAGCCCAAAGACCCUGUCCCUCGAGACCCUGAAGCACGAGGUCGGAUGGCCUGUCGAUGGAAUAGCUGGUCUCGUAAGCUGGAGGGUGACUGGUUGGAUUCUGGCCUACUACCUUUUCAGCGCCAUCCUAUACCGUGUGCUCCCGGGGACCGAGGUGGAAGGGUUGGAGCUGCCAAACGGUGGGCGGCUGAAGUACAAGUUCAAUGCCUUUGCUUCCACCACGUUCACUCUCGCCCUGUGUCUCGCCGGCACCAUCGCUCAAGGGGCGGACUUCCCGGUCUGGACCUUCAUCUCGGACAACUACCUGCAGCUCCUGACCACGAGCAUCCUCAUCUCGUUCGCCCUCGCAACCUUCGUCUACAUUCGUAGCUUCAGCGUGAAGCCGGGCAAUCCGGAUCACCGGGAACUGGCUGCUGGGGGCCAUAGCGGCAACCUGCUGUACGACUGGUUCAUCGGGCGCGAGCUCAACCCGCGGAUAUCGAUUCCUCUUAUCGGAGAGAUCGAUAUCAAGGAGUUCAUGGAGCUGCGCCCCGGCAUGCUCGGCUGGAUGCUCCUGAAUUCUGCCUUCAUCGCCAAGCAGUACAGGACCUACGGCUUUGUCACGGACAGCAUCGUCUUCAUCUCGGUCAUACAGGCAAUCUACAUAUUAGACUCUCAGCUGAUGGAGCCUGCCAUCCUGACCACGAUAGACAUCACGACCGACGGCUUCGGCCACAUGCUUGCCUUCGGCGACCUGGUCUGGGUCCCGUUCCUCUACUCGACCCAGACGCGCUAUCUCUCCAUCUACCCGAGAUCGUUGGGAUGGCUCGGCCUCUCGGUCAUGGGCUCCGUCUUGGUCGCCGGUUACUCCAUCUUCCGCCUGUCGAACAGCCAGAAGAACGUGUUCCGCACGGAUCCCAACGACCCACGGGUCGCCCACCUCAAGUACCUGGAGACCAAGGCCGGCACGCGGCUGCUCAUCUCGGGCUGGUGGGGUACCGCGAGGCACAUCAACUACCUCGGGGACUGGAUCCAGAGCUGGCCGUACAGCCUGCCGACCGGCCUCGCCGGGUACACGAUCCUGACCGCGGGUACCGGCGCCGAGGGCGCCUACAAGAUGGCGGACGGUCGGGAGAUUGUCCAGGGCGAUGCGAAGGGCUGGGGCAUGGUCUUCACGUACUUCUAUAUCGUCUACUUUGCCGUCUUGCUGAUCCAUCGUGACAGAAGGGAUGACGAGAAGUGCGCCAAGAAGUAUGGUGACGACUGGGAGAAGUAUAAGAAGGCUGUCCGCUGGAGGAUUGUUCCCGGUCUCUACUAGUAGGGACUCGUGAAGGAUUAGCCUUUCUUUUCAUGUAAAGCUUUUCCGGGGGAGAAUGUGGGACCUCUGGAUCCCAAGACUCCCGACCGAGUGUAAUUGUAAUGUAAAUAUAGGGUGCUAGCCACGCAACGACUCGCUGGCUGGUCGAGAGAAAAAAAUUCAUGGAAAUUGUCACUUGAAGCUCCUUUGGAUAUCCACUAGUACAUGUUAGAGCAAAGGGAUACAGUGAAAUCCACCGUAUAUGUUAAUAACGAGCCU